GCAGAUGCCGGGAGCAGAACGUGCCCUUCUCCGGGAGGAUGUUCCCUUCCAUCCUGCAGCUCCCGGCGCUGGCUCCAGGAAUGUUUCUGUGUCCUUAAUGGUGAAUUCUGCUUUGUUCUGCUCCAGGCUCUCCCCGCUGCAUCAGGAGGUGCUGCCUCGGUGGCCAAAAGUAUCCGAGAUGGGCCGGCGCUCCUCGGACACGGAGGAGGAGAGCAGGAGCAGGAGGAAGAAGAAGCACCGGCGACGCUCCUCCUCCAGCAGCUCCUCGGACAGCCGCAGCUACAGCCGCAAAAAAUCGGGAAGGAAAUCCAGGUCAAGGUCGCGCUCCCGGGAUCUCCAGUCUUGGUCCCAUUCCUAUGAGAAAAGGCGCAGACACAGAUCCAGCAGCAGCUCUUCCUACGGCUCCAGGAGGAAGCGCAGCCGCUCCCGGGGCAGAGGGAAAUCCUACAGAUCCCAAAGAUCCCGCUCCAAGAGCAGAGCCAGGAGGUAA